UUCCUUGCAAAAGGGAUGAAAACACGCACAUUUCAACAAAUCAUUGCGCUACCAACCUUAUCGAGGAAAGUCGGCGUCAGAAAAAAGCAUUAGGGCAGCAGCUAUGAAACGUGUUCAGAUGGUCGAAAGGCAAAAAAGAAAUCACGGUGUGGCCGACAUCACCCCCAAUCAUCAAAGAUUUAUUAACAGUUCCAAAACCUCCAGACUUCUGCUGGAUAGCAACAACAACAAAAAGUGGGGAAAAGCUUACUUGAACAUGUGAAGUCGAUGUGCGCUUUUAAAUGCUGGCAGGUGUUUGCUUGACAUGAGUUUGAAUGCGAUUGGUUCAUUCUGCACACACAUCCCAGGUAUAAGAGGGUGUGCACACUUGUGCAACCGCAUUAUCGCACCUGUUCAUUUUUACUUCGCCUCUCGGAGUUGUACAGGUUAAAGGUCACAAAACUAGUGGGAAAAGUUGGGAAAAGGAUUUCUGUCGGUCUCAUUUUUAUGACAUCGCAAAACACCUGGCAUUUCAACAGGGGUGUGUAGACUUUUUAUGGCCACCGUGUGUUGCUCCAGUCAGAUGCAGCGGCGGCGAGGGUGCGUACGGAAAAACUCGAGAGAAAAGCGCUCAGCGGUAACAAGUUGCCGCGUCACUGAAUCUCCAUGUCGCGGCUCAUUUGCAGUCUGACACUUUUGCGCGCUCGCCGUCCGCAACGAAGUCCCGGAAAGCCGAGCCGGCAGACGGCGCGGUCCCCCGCACGGAUUCCUCCGCCGGGCCCCGAGUCAAACAUUUCAAGUCAAUCGUGUGGCUGUUUGUUCGGGCCGGCUUAAUGGAGCUAUUGUUUGCUAACAAGCGCAUGACCUCGCGGGGCAGGGCCGUGCGGCGCGCGCGCGCGCGUGCGAGACCAUUAGCAAUGCAAAUUGGCGCUGCUCCGUUGUUCGCCGGCACAGAUUUGGUGCAAAAGAGCGCCCGCCUAAAUGUUUCCGCGUGGUUUUGUGAGCGUCAUCCGAAGGUGGGGAAUCGACGCUUUUGUUUUUGGCAAUAUCCUCCCAAUUCUGCCCACUACUCCAGCCCAUUGCAUCAUUUUGCACUUUUGCGUGCAAAUAUCGACUUUCUACUGACGUCGAGCGAUUGUGUCACAUGACGCGCGUUGCCAGGUCCUCAUAAGGGCUCUGCCACGUUCCAGAGGAGGGCACAGAGGCCCGCUCUUCUCUUUCCAUGCCGAGCCAGCGGGUCGAUCCGGUUGCCGUCGCUGCCUCGUAUGCCGCUUUCGCCUCCUGCUGAGCCCGACCCGGAGCACAAAAUGAACUGGGCUUCAUUUUACGGCGUCAUCAGCGGCGUCAACAGACACUCGACGGGAAUCGGUCGCAUCUGGCUCUCGGUGCUGUUCAUUUUCCGCAUCCUGGUCCUGGCGGUGGCGGCCGAGAGCGCGUGGGGCGACGAGAAGUCGGCUUUCGCUUGCAACACCCAGCAGCCGGGCUGCAACAGCGUGUGCUACGACCACUUCUUCCCCGUCUCUCACAUCCGGCUGUGGGCCCUGCAGCUCAUCCUGGUCUCCGCUCCCGCCCUGCUGGUCGCCACGCACGUGGCCCACCGGCGCCACGUGGACCGCAGGCUCUGCGAGCUGUCAGGCAAGAGCAACCCCAAAGAACUGGAGCAGCUUCGGAGCCGAAAGACGAAAAUCACCGGCGCCCUCUGGUGGACCUACGUCAUCAGCCUGUUGUUCCGGGUGGCGUUGGAGGUGACCUUCAUGUACGUCUUCUACAUGAUCUACCCCGGCUACAAGAUGAUCCGCCUGGUCAAGUGCGACUCGUACCCGUGUCCCAACACGGUGGACUGCUUCGUGUCCCGGCCCACCGAGAAAACCGUCUUCACCGUGUUCAUGCUGGCCGCCUCGGGCGUCUGCGUGCUGCUCAACGUCGCCGAAGUCGUCUUCUUGGUGGCCAAGGCCCGCGGCGGGCACCCGCGCGACGCCGGAGACGCGAGCGCCGGGGCUUGGCUCCAGCACAAGCUCGUAGUAGGGAAAUAAAUCCUUUUUCGACUCUCGCGGCUAAUCGUUUGAUUCAAACCGCGGAAGUGCAACACACGAUGUAUUGUUUCCGGCGCAAUCUCAUGAGAUCCAAAACAAGAGUCGCAACGAAAAGUUAGUAGCGCAGUGGCUCGGUUCAGCGGCAUCGCUAGCCCGAUUUCAGCCCCCCAAAAUGUGUCUCAAACCAACCUUAAGUCCCCCUAAACAGUUUUGUAGCUCCCCAAAAAUUGACCCCUGCCCCCGUCCACAAAAUACCGUUUUUCACAGAUGGAAUGUCUAUCAGCACGCCCCCGUGGACAAUUUGCUUUUGGUGACGGAAAACUCGGAUCACGAUGCGCUGGGCUUGUACACCGCUGCCAACUACAAUCCUAAACUAUUGUUGGACGAAUGCGGUGUUAUCGUCCUGCAAUUUUUCUCGACGGCGCGUCUCCUCAUCGGGGGUUGCGGGUGAGCUGGCAACUUCGAGCGCAAGAUGGGUACACCCCGGACAGUUGAGUCUUUCAAUCAUGACCCUAACGGGCACCUUUAGCGGAAUGUGGGAGGACGCCGGCGGAUCCAAAACAAGCUCGGAAACCACUUGCAACCUCCGACCUCAGAACUGUGAGGUCAAAUGUACAAACCGCAGCCAUGCCAACCCAAAAUGAGUUUCGAUAUAGUUCUUGUUUUGGCUCUCAUGAGAUUGUGCUGUGGUGCUAUUUUAGUUUCAUGUCUGACCAAAUAAAAAUAAAAAAACUCUCCUGUCAGACCUCAUUAAGUUGAAUUCAUGUAAAUACAGAUGUGCCGCUUAUUUAUUAAUAUUUUGUCAAGUAGAAAUUAUUCGUGGUGUGCAUAAAAUUAACCAAAUGAAAUCUA